AUGUGUCAAUUGACGCAUGUGGUGCUUGUAUUUGUGAAUUAUAAAGAAUUCUGCAACGUCACCGCACCGCCGGACAGCCAAAAUUGUUUACCGCAAAAUCAUUUUUAUUACCCCGUGUUACAAUAUAAGUGGAGAGAUGGCCGAGUUGGUCUAAGGCGUCACGUUAAGGCCGUGAUCUCUUCGGAGGCGUGGGUUCGAAUCCCACUCUCUUCAUUUUGUGUCGUGCCCAAAUUUGUCGUUCCCGAUCUGGGUUGGUCUUCCUUUUACUAUAACAAAGUCAAAAGGUCAAACCCACUGGGGAUCAAGGAGUAUACGUAA